ACGAGCCGAAGUCAGCUGAUUGGCAGCCGUUUCAAAUUAAGGUACCGCAAAAGCCGACUUUGAGCAUUUUAACCUGCCAAUGGGUGCAGUUGAGGCAUCUCUGCUGGAGCUCGCCAAAUUACUGCCACGGUUUGAGGACAUAGCAGAGCUGCUGGAAAACGAAGUUGAAGCGCGUUACAUACUCCGGCGAGCAGCAGAUCACUUUGCCAAGCAACAUGCGAUCGACCAGUUGGACAGGCUGGAGGAGGAGGAAAUAGCAUAUCUGAUACACGCGUUGGUUGACAAGAACUGGGAGCGUAUACAUAGUGGACACUUCAGCUGUGUGCCGCUAAAGAUACGCAAGAUCUAUGCCCUGGGCUGCUACUUCAAGAUUUUCUUUUUGCUGUUGGAAAACCCAAGCUUGGAACAACGCGAACUAUGCGGCACAGUCUUGGACGAAGCUCAGCUGCUGGGUUGCACGGAUGAACUGUACGUAAAGUGUAAUGAACUAAAGGACGCGCUGAUGCAGUACCUGGACGAACAUGCUUCAAGCAACAACUCAUUGCCGCUGCCCAUUUUGGCAGCUGUGGAGCGACGCGCGUCACGCUGUGAUAUACCCCAACUGGAGGCACCUAGCAUACUGGAAUUUCGCACGAGCUGCUAUCAGGCGCUACAGCCCACGCUACUGCUCAACACGAUUAAUCAUUGGCCCGCAUUGAGUAAAUGGCGCGAUUUGAAUUAUCUGCUGAAAGUUGCCGGCAAUCGCACCGUGCCCAUUGAAAUAGGCAGCAAUUACGCCAGCGAUGAGUGGUCACAGCAGCUGGUGAAGCUACGUGUUUUUCUGCACAGGCAGUUUGGCCCAGGCAACUGCAAUGCCGAUCACGAAAUUGAGUACCUGGCGCAGCACGAGCUUUUUGCCCAGAUACCAGCGCUGAAGGCGGACAUUUGUGUGCCCGACUACUGCACCGUGUCCUCCAAUAAGACAGCCGGUGUCGAUAUCAAGGCCUGGCUAGGACCUAGGCACACCAUAUCGCCCAUGCAUAACGAUCGAAAGCAUAAUUUGUUGUGCCAAGUUUUUGGCUCCAAAAGCAUUAUACUGGCAUCGCCAGAAGACACAGCGAACCUUUAUGCACACGAAAGCGAGUUUCUGAACAACACCUCGCAAAUUGAUGCAGCCAAACCGGACUUUGAGCGCUUUCCCCUGCUGCGGCGUGUACGUUUCUAUGAGCUGCUGCUGCAACCCGGCGACUGUUUAUAUUUGCCGCCCAAGUGGUGGCAUUACGUGCGCUCCGAGACACCCAGUUUCUCAGUUAGUUUUUGGUGGGAAUAGGUGUCUAUAGGUGUUGAUAAGAUGUGUCACGAAUGACGUCAGCUAAAAAGACGUGGUUCACACGGCGUGAAUCAUAAGCUGCUUGAUUUUUGAGUAUUAAUAUAAGAUAGUUUUUUAUUAUUACUUUUAUAGCCAACAAAAUUCCUGGCUGCGGCAAACAAUGUUUAAAG